AUGUCAACAGAGUGGUCCUUGGAUUUCUGUCUAGUUUGUGAUAGACAAACACCAGGAGCUCCCUAUUGCUCCCAAAAGUGUCGCCUUGCAGAACUGGACUCGGAAUCGUCAGAUACAACAUCACGACGAUCGAGCCAGGCAUCAACACAUUGGGAGACUGGCCCGUCGCAACCAUCGGAAUCCAAUGCUCGCGAAACUGCCCAGUCCUCUCACAUCCUAUCGGCUUCCUCAUCCCAAACCUCACUCUAUUCUCUCAAGAGCAAUGCAUCUACUGCCAAUGUGGCCGAUCGGCUCCAAGAUGAGCUCCGUGAUUAUGCCAGUUGUUUCGACCAGGUCCGCGACCUCAAGCGCCGCCUGACUACCACUUAA